UAAAAUGCAACCAUCCUGCAAGGCUUUUCUCGCGCCCCGAAAAAAGCCCCGUAUUCUUCCCCAUGCACCACAAGGGCGCCCGGCGAUCGCUGCACGUCUGAAAACCGCAGACAUGGAAGGAGUAGGAUGUUACUAGCGUCCGCCGUGGUGGUCUGGGAAUGGCUGAACGAGCACGGACGCUGGCGGCCGUACAGCCCGGCGGUCUGUCAUCACAUCGAGGCGGUCAUCCGGAGCGACCCGCGCUGUGGUAGCGUCGUCCUCGGACAGGUGGACUCUCGCCUCUCGCCCUACAUCAUCGAUUUGCAUUCCAUGCACCAGUUCCGACAGGACACAGUUUCAGUACUCUGUAGAGUUUCUUUGGACGCCCAGGGAAAGCAAACACAGCCAGCUUUGGGUCAGACCAAGGCCACCAACCAAUCAGAAUUCAGAACACCGAGUGCUGUUACCAGGGGCAACCUGUCUGCCCAGAUUCUUGGCACGCUUCGACCUGUGAGACGCAGCUUCUACGACCCCACCUCGGCGCCGGGCCAGGGCUGGCUGUGGGAGUGGGAGAACGACUCGGGCAGCUGGACGGCGUACGACACGGAGGUGGGCAUCGCCAUCCAGGCCGCUCGCGACCGCCAGCAGCCCUGGCUGGACCUGGCGCCGCUGGGCUUCUGCUACGUCAUUGACUUUGAGAGCAUGACGCAGAUCAACGGGCAGACCCAGCGCUGCCGCCGCGUCCAGCGCCGCUCCGACCUCGCCUACCCGCUGGUGUCCGGGCCCCUGCCCAAGUCCCACCAUGCCUGGGCGCCGGCGUCCGCGCCGGGCCACGGAGGGCUCCUAGGCGUGGACGUGUCCGGCGUGGGCAUGGGGGUCCGCAUGAGCAGCGGCGGGACCGGGACCGGGACCGGGACCGGGAACGGGAACGGGAGCGCCUACCCCAGCGGGGCGCUGCCCGCCUCGGCCAUCACCUCGCUGGGUCAGCCCUGCGCCUGCCAGCAGUGCAUGCUGGUGCUCAGCGUCAAGGCCGGCGCCAUGGCGACGGCUCACACGCUGGGCCGCAGGCCGCCGCAGACCAAGCCGCCCAGCCCCAAGCUGAGCAGUUACCCGGUCCCCGGGGGGUCCUACUCGCUCACCCUGCCCAGACCUCCGUCUUUCUCCAGAUCCCUGUCCCCCCACAGGACAUCCAUGGUCGGGGCCACGGGGGGGUACGGUGUGGCCGGGAUGGGGGGGGCCGGGGGCAUGGGGGUGAUGGGUCCCGGCGGGAUGGGCGCCGGCGGCCUCAGUUUCGGAGGAGGCUUCCCCCAUUCGCUGUCGCUCCUGGGCUCCGCCACGGCCGCGCUCUCCAUCUCCUCCAACCGGCCCCCGCCUCCCCCCCUCCCGCCCCCCCCCCCCCCCCCCCCCCCCCUCCACCGCCCCCUCCUCGUCCGCCACCUCCCCGCCCCACCCCUCCGCGUCCUCCUCGUCCCUCUCCGUGUCCUCGGCGGGCGCCCUGGCCCCGCCCCUCAUCUCCACCGCGGCCUCCACCUGCACGCCGUCGCCUUCCGCCCGGGUCCUGGGGCCCGUGUCCUCGUCCGGGGCCGCCGCCGCCUGCGCGGCGCCGCUGCCCCCCCGCUCCAGCCUGGCGGGCCUGAGCCGCCCCGCCCUGCAGCGCAUCGCCAUGGCUCAGUCCCGGGCCCUCAUCGCCUCCGGGUGAGCACCCCCCGACACCUCACCACCGCAUCCCAUUCGCCGGGCCUCCACCUCAUGGGCAUUACCGGGAUCCUGAUGAGUGCGGCAGGACUUCCUGUCUGUCUGACCCGUCCUCCCAAGCUGGUGCUCCAUCCUCCACCUGUCAGCAAGAGUGACAUCAAACCUGUUCCGGGGUUAGGCCACUGCUGCCGCAAGACCACCAAGAAACAGGCCCGGAAAGGCAAGACACCCGAGGAAGUGGUGAAGCGUUACCUUCAGAAAGUCCGCAAUCCUCCAGAGGAGGACUGCACCAUCUGCAUGGAGGCCCUGGCCGGACCUUCAGGCUACAAGGGUCCCGGCGUAGGGGGCAUUUCCCGGGCCGAAUCUGUGGGUCGCCUGGCUCAGUGUGGUCACCAGUACCACCUCCAGUGCCUCGUUGCAAUGUACAACAACGGCAACAAAGACGGCAGCCUGCAGUGCCCCACCUGCAAGACCAUCUACGGAGUCAAGACCGGCAAUCAGCCCCCCGGCAAGAUGGAGUACCACGUCAUCCCCCACUCACUGCCUGGACAUCCCGACUGCAAAACCAUCAGAAUCAUAUACAACAUCCCUCCUGGCAUCCAGGGACCCGAACACCCGAAUCCAGGCAAACCCUUCACAGCUCGAGGGUUCCCCAGACACUGCUACCUCCCUGACAGUGAGAAGGGGCGCAAGGUUCUGAGGCUGCUUCUGGUGGCGUGGGAUCGCAGGCUCAUCUUCUCCGUGGGAACGUCCAGCACCACCGGCGAGUCCGACACGGUGAUCUGGAACGAGGUGCACCACAAGACUGAGUUCGGGUCCAACCUCACUGGCCACGGCUACCCCGACCCCGGCCACUUAGACAAUGUCCUGGAGGAGCUGAGGGUCCAGGGGAUCACAGAGGAGGAGUGUCUACCCAGAGAAUGAGCAGAGACACUCAGCGCACAGAAGACACAAAUAACCGAGCUGGAAUCUCCAAACUCCCAACGUUCGGAGCUACUGUCUGGCAAAGCGAACGGGCAGAAUCCAAUUUGAAAAGAAAACUGUUCGGAGAAACUUUGCAGAAAUAGUUUCAGCGUCUUAUGACUGCAUGAGUCAGUUUUGUCCAUCCUGAUGCAGUGACAGCAUCAAGUUUGCAGUGAGACAUUCGAGGCCGAUGUGCUCGCACGAGUCAGUGUUAGUUAAAAAAAGAAGAAAAAAAAAGUUAUUCAUUCAUUUAUACUGUGACACUUCAUAUCAUGAAUGUAACUAAGUGAUUUGUUCAGAAAUGGUGACAUGUUUACCACCCCUGCUGCUGCUAUGUGGGACUGAGGGGAAGGGAAAUGAAAGAAAAGAAGUGUUGAUUUUUUAAUAUUUUUUGUUUUGUGUUGAUUUUUAAGUGUCCAUAAGCAGAAGCAACCCUUCUUUCAGAUGUUUUGCUGGAUACCCGAGCAUGGAUAUUUGCUGACCUCUAGUGGUACUUUUCAGAACUACAUUCCUUUUUAGGUUUGAAUUUUAACUUAUUGCACAUUGUGAAUACAUUCUAUCUGAUAUCGUCUCCAUUUACUCAUGUUUUUAUAUGUUGAUUUUGCAUUUCGUUUUAAAUGGUGCAUCUCAUGGUGAUUUUGGGUGUGGUCGACUGGCUGGAACUGACAGUUCCGAUAAGCUGCUGCUGUACGGUGGUCCGCAUGCCACUUUAUUUGCCAGACCCUUUCUUUAAAAACAGUCAUCAUCAGUAUUCUAUAUUUGAUAAACUCACAAACUGACAUUCCUUAAUAGUUUGGUCUUCAGAGCAUGGGUGUGUCUACAAAAGCUUUCUGUGUCCUCUUGUAUUAAGACUGACAGAGGGAAACCAUGGAUUAAGACCCCCCCCCCCCCUUAGGAGGAGUAAUUUCCCCAAAAGGUAGGAUUGGAUUUAGCACAGAUUUUCUCAGUGCCAUUUCAUAAGGAAAUGGCUCUUUAUUUCCGUGUGGGUCACAGGCCAGCCUCUAAUCUCACUCCAGAAUGUGGCCAUCAGAUGUUUAGUCAUGUUGUCUCUAUGAGCGGGGGCCGAGGGCCGUCAUGUGGACGCAGAUUUUUGUUUGCUGUCAGUCUGUUGUGGGCUGAUUUAAGUCUGAGGGAUGUUUGCCGUGUGUGGACAUGCUAUUGUAGGCUGACAUUAAAAGCAUUUAUACUUUACCUACUUUAUGUAUGCGCUGUGUAUGUAUGUGUUUUCUGUGCACAUAUUUGCAUUAAAUGUUUUUCUAAGGGUCAAAGAGAAAAUCGAUCCCGAAGUGGUUUCCUCUG